CGUGGUUCUCGACCAUGGGCGUGGCUGGCGUGGCCAGGCACCUCGCCGCGGUGGCCGCGACGCCGGACGCCUCCAAGACCGCCGUCCCCCUGCCGCUCAUCCCCGCCUGGCUCAUGUGCUGCUACUUCGUGAUCGUGGUGCUGGGCGGCGUCGUCGCCAACGUGCUGCUGCUGGUGACGAUCCUCCGGUGGCGCUGCCGCUGCGACCAGCACCUGGACUCGGACGCUGACGACGCGGACCCCGGCCGGGACAAGGGCUGGUGGAUCCUCGUGGCGCAGACGGCCGCCACGGACGCGCUGACGCUGUGCUUGGUGUCGGGCGGCGAGCUGUGGUCCUUGCGGGAGACGGGCGGGCCGUGGCGCCUGCCCACCGCCCUGUGCGCGCCCUUCAUGGGCCUGGAGGCCAUGCUCGGCGCCGCGCAGACCUACCUCCUGGCGGCCGUCGCGCUGCACGCCUGGGCCGCCCCCGCCGACCCCGUGCCCAGCUUGUGGCGGCAGGUGACGCGGUCCGCCGUGGUGCCCAGCGCGCUGGUCUGGAUGCUGGCCUCGUCGGUGGCGGUGCCGCGCACCUUCCUGGCCGUGGCCGUGUGGCCGAGGCCAUCGCUGCCGCUGUGCACGCUGCUGCCGACCUCGCCCACGACGGGCGCCCUGGAGGGCCCGCUGGACGUGGUGGUCACGGCCUCGUCGCCGGGCCCGGGGCCCUCGGGCUCGUGGUGGCCGCUGGGGUCCGCGGCCGUGGACGCCCAGGGCGGCGGCCCGCUGCUCUCGGCCGUCGUGCUCUGCGUCGUGCCCUCGCUCGUGCUGCUGGCCUCGGCCGCGGCCACGGCCUUCGCCGCCGUCAUGACGGCCGUCAGAGCGAGGCUUCGUGGCGGCGCACGCGGGCCGGCCUCGGCCACGGCCUCGCCACAGACGCCGCCCUGCCCCCCGCACAAGGAGGCCCGGCGGGAGUGGGUCCGCGUGUCCGGCUGGCUGUCCGCGUCCUGGGUGCUCAUGUCGCUGCCGCGGCUGGCCGGCGCCGCGGUGCACGGCUUCCUGCACCCCGACCACGGCGUCGAGGUCGAGGGCCUCGACAUGGACAUCGGCCCCGGGGCGUUCCGCGCGCCGCCACUGGGGUCGCGCGGCCUCGGCGACGCGGCGCUGCUGGCCGCCGCCAUGCUGCACUACGCCCUCACCGCCGCCAGGCCCGUCAUCGCCGUGCUCGUCAGCCCCGCGCUGCGCCGCGCCCUCGUCGCCCUCAAGGACGCCCCCGCC